UGUUUGGUUUCAAGGCGGUACCUGGGUGAUCAGGAAGUUUUCCUGCUCUGCUGCAACUGCGUGGCCAAAAUGGACGCGACACAGCAGAUCGAGGACUCCUUUUUCAGAGAGGAAGAUACAGAUGAAAAUGAACAGGAGGAAGAAAAUAAGAAAAAAGAACCACUGGCGACAUUGAAGGUUUUUAAAAAUAACCACAUCCCAGAAAUAGAGGUGCCUCUCUACCUGGGCGAGAAUACUUUGGGACGAGACCCUUCAUCCUGCCCUGUGCCACUCCAAGCCCGUUCCAUAUCCAGCCGACACGCCAUCAUCUCCAUCUCUGUAUUUCGCACAAACGAUCGGCAAGCUCCCAGUGAAUCCACAGAGGCUCUGUUGUGGGACCUUGGCAGUUUAAACGGUACCAGAAAGGGCCGGACUAAGCUGACCCCACGGGUACGCUAUGCACUGACUGAUGGAGACAGUGUGGUCCUUGCAGAUCUGCCAUGUCAAUACGUCAGCCUGAAGAACUCUGAAAACGAUACAAAUAUGACCUUACCUGAAAAGGGGAAUGUGAAUUGUCUAGCACUGAAUAGCAGUAGCUCAGAGGAGAGGACAGGAAAGGGGGUGGAGAAAGUCGGGAAGAAGAAUGUGUUACCACCUGUGCCAUCAUGGAGUGAGAAAGACAAGAAUAGUGUUCAGUCACCUCAGACGACUCCUAAACAACCAGAAAGGACGUUGGUGCCCGAGUCGGACUCAGACUCGGAUGGAGAGAAGUGUGGACGAAGAGACAGAAGGAGGUUUGUAGCCUCAGAAUCAGCUUCUUCAGACCUCUCAAGCCCCAUAUGUUCAACAUUCCUGACCCCAGCAAGCAAAGUCGUUCCAGAGAGUGAGGAUGAGUGCUCCAUUACUCCAUCCUCAGGAGUAAAAGAUGACUCCAUCUCCUCAGAAUCCUCUAAACCUGACCCAUUGCACUUCAACCUGGACAGUGAUACAGACAUUGAAGAAGAGGAGGUGGAGGUGACAAAGCCUGAACCGAAAGUUAAAGCUUCUGUAAAGGCAGAAGCAAAUCCAGAUCCUUUGCAUAUGGACAGUGACACUGAUGUAGAAGAAGAAGAGGCAGACAAGUCCAAAAGUGAUCCAGAUGUUUCAGCUGGUUCUGCAAAACCGGGCACUGUAAAUCCAGCUGCUCUCAUAAUGGACAGUGAUACAGACGAAGAGGAGGGCGAGCCUCCUUCUGCAUCCAGGGCUGUUCCUGAGCAGAAGAAACAGGCGAUGAGUUCUGCAGAGUUUCACAUGGACAGCGAUACUGAUGAGGAGGAUAAAGAUAUUCCUGUGAACACCAGACCCCCAACCAGCCCUGCAGCCAAAUUUCACCUGGACAGUGAUGCUGACGCAGAGGAUGAGCAGACUGUGAAGAAUAUCAAAGCUGGUGACAAGAAUCAGUUAAAUAGCAGCAAAGUUUUGGAAUCCCUGAAGGAUCCCAAGAUGCCGCAAUCGUACAGCGAUACAGAUGUUGAGGAUGACAACACUCAUAUCAAGACUCCCACUGUGCCCAAAAUCUCACCUUUGGAAAUCAGCGCAGAUGCACACCAUGUCAGUCCUGUUAAGGUCCAGUCGGAAAAGAAGAUAGAUGAGUUUUGCAUAGACAGUGAUACAGAUGUGGAAGAGGAAGAGGAGGUGAAGGAGAGCAAGCAGAAGAGAGAGGAAGCAGCAGGCAUUAUGCAGUCUUCAACACCAAGAGGUGCAGGUCACGAUCACGAUGCAGGACCGGCACUCCCUUCUCUUCUCCACCCGGUUAUCUCUCCUGGUGCCAUCAGUCAAUACGAUGAUGACUUUGCUGUGGCUGAAACUCAGUCUUUUGUGUGUGAUGCUGCCCCUGCCGAUGCCACACUGGACGAGACACCACAGUCUCUGAACGGCCAUGAAUCUCGGCACUCAGAUGACCGACUGGCAGAACCUAAGGAGAAUGAUCAGAGUUUGACAGAGGAGGACUGGCACCUGCACCCAACCCUGCUAUUUGAUAAAAAUUCAGAAGGCAAUGCAAAAACUGGGCAGCUGCAGCAGGAUCUGGAGGCCACGCAAGCCUACGCAACCCAGUUCUACCAAGAGGAGGUGAACGAGGAGGAAAAGCAAACACAGCCAUUCACUGCUUUGGCCCACGCCAGUGUUUAUACUGCUGAAACCCAGCUCAUUGCCCAAGAGCAGGAUAAAGAUAACAGCGAUCAUGUUGCUACUAAGGUGCCAGUUGCUAGUGAAAAUAGAGGAGGGACUGAAGAGAUGCAUUUUGAUUCACAUCUCUCUACUGCUGACACCUUGCUUAUUAUCAGGAGUCCAAGGCAGGAGGAGGAAACUCAGCCCUUUGCCUUUCUUGCUGCUUUGAAAGAACAGGAAGAAAAAGAGAGAGCAGAGAAAGAGAGCAGAGAUCAGGGGGAGAAAUAUGGAUGCGAAAAUAAAAUGAAUGAAAGGUUGGAACAAAAAGGAAAAAUACAUGAAAAGAAGGAAGAAUCUAGAAAUAAUCUUGAACAUGAGAAGAACGAACAAGAAGAGAGGAAAGGUUUGACAGAUGAUGAUGCAGAGGAAGAGCAAACACAGCCUAUUGACUCGGAGGAUACCCAUGUCACUAUUGCUGAAACACAGCCUAUGUCUGAGGAAGAGGAAGAGCAGGUAAAAACGUUGCCGAGCAAUUCCAGGUUAAGCAAAAGAAGCAGCAGGAAAAGACAGACUACUACAGUUGAGCCAACACAACCUCUUGAGGCUGAUGAUACUGAUGUUGGUUUUGCUCAGGAUGAGGACGAACAAAAGGAAGAACAGCAAAAUGAAGCCAGUUCUAGCAUGACACAUAAAAGGAGGAGACAAGCUGGUGAAGUUGAGCCAGCACUGCCUGUAGUCCAGGAGCAAACGCAGCCUAUUGAGACUGAUGAUACCGAUGCUGGUUUUGCUCAGGAUGAGGACGAACAAAAGGAAGAAAAACAAAAUGAACCCAGUACUAGCAUGACACGUCAAAGAAGGAGACAAGCCAGUGAAGUUGAGCCAGCACUGCCUGUAGACCAGGAGCAAACGCAGCCUACUGAGUCUGAUUUAACAGACAAUAUUAGUGCUCCGGAUGAGGAUGGGCAAAGGGAAGAAAAACAAAAUGAACCCAGUGCUAGCAGGACCCGUCAAGGGAGACAAGCUAGUGAAGUUGAGCCAGCACUGCCUGUAGUCCAGGAGCAAACGCAGCCUAUUGAGACUGAUGAUACCGAUGCUGGUUUUGCUCAGGAUGAGGACGAACAAAAGGAAGAAAAACAAAAUGAACCCAGGUCUAGCACGACCCGUGGAAGAAGGAGACAAGCUAGUGAAGUUGAGCCAGCACUGCCUGUAGACCAGGAGCAAACACAGCCUAUUGAGUCUGAUUUAACAGAAAAUAUUAGUUCUCAGGAUGAGGGCGGACAAAAGGAAGAACAACAAAAUGAACCUAGAUCUAGCAGGACACAUAAAAAACCUAAACGAGCCGGAAAAGUUGAGCCAACACUGUCUGCAGACAAGGAGCAAACGCCGCAUAUUGAGGCUGAUAUCCACGUCUCUGUUGUUGAGGAUAAGAAAAAACAGGAGGACGAGAAACAGCACAAACCCAGUUCUAGAAAGACAUCUUGCAAAGGAGACCAGGCUGCAAAACUUGAACCAACACAACCCUCUGAGGUUGAUGAUAACCAGGUUGCCUCUGUUAAGGAUGUGAAAGAACUGGAGAAAGAACAAGUUGAUCUCAAUUCUACAAAUAAUUCUCUUAGAGAAGAGGAACAAACACUGCCUCCUGAAGCUGAUGGUACCCAUGUUCCCAUUGUUGAAGAUCAGGAAGCAUGCAGGGAAGAGCCACAGGUUGAAGCCAGUUUGGUCAAGAGAUCCCACAGAGGAAGAGGUAAACCAGUCACUAAAGUUGAACCAAUACAGCCAAUCGAUUCUGUUGACACUCACAUCACCACUGUAGGACAAGAGGAGAAACAAACAAAGCCUAGGUCUAGUAGAAGGUCUUGCAGAGUAAGACAGUCCGCUAAAGUUGAGCCAACACAGCCAAUAGAAUCUGGUGAUACUCAUGUUCUCACUGUUAACAAUAAAGGAGAACAGAUGAAAGAGCACCAGUUUAAAGCCCCUUCUAAGGGGACAACUGGCAGGAUGACACAGAUUGCUGAAGUUGAACCAACAUUGCCUCUUGGGGCAGAGGUUCACCAUGUCAUUGCUGAUGAAGAUAAAAAGGUACAGGAGGAAGAACAAGCAAAUAAAGACAGGUCUAGCAGAAGAUCUGGCAGGAGAAGGGAGCCAACACUGCCUCUUGAUUCUGAUUCUAACACCCAUCUGGCUGCUGAAACCCCACAGAUUGAUGUCAUUGAGCAGGAUGAAGAGGAGGAACAGCCCAGGAAAAGUCAAAGAGGAAGAGCAACAUCCAGCAGGGGCAAAGGAGAAGCUACUGCCAAGAGAGAGAGCAAGAGGAAGAAGGUUGCAUCAGCACCGAAGGAAGAAGAAGACAGCGAAAGUGAAGGCAAGGGGGUAAAGGUUAGAGGAAAAGGAAGAAAAGAAGAGAAUGAAGAGGUGGAAAGUUGUGAGCAUGAAAAGAAUGCCACAUCGAAGAGAACGGACAAAGAGGAGAAGGAAAGGUUGGAGAAGGAGCAAAAAGACAAGGAAGCAAGAGAGCAAGAAAGGAUAGAAAGAGAGAAGGAAGAAAAUGAGAGGCUUGAAAAGGAGAAGGAGCAAGAAAGGAAUGGACAACAGGAAAAGGACAACAAAAUGAGAGAAAAUGAGAUGCGAGAUGAAGAGGAGACGGAAGUCAUUGAUAAGAAAAAGAGAAAAGGAAAACGGAAAGCAGGUCUCGAAAAGAAAAACGAGAGCCAGAAAGAAGAGGAUCAACAAUUAGAACAACAAACUGUGAAAUGUGAAACUAUAAAGCAAGAACCAGAAGAGAAAACGGACGUGAAACCCAGACGAGGCAGAUGCUCCACCAGGAAAUUGUUGGCCCCCUCUGCUGACAUGUAUGAUGAUGUUCCUGCUAAAAGAACUCGCUCACGGUCCAACUCCUCUAACUCUGUGUGCUCUGAACUGUCUACAUCCACCCUGGAGAGCCAAAGUGGAGUAAGGGGAAGACCGGGAAGGAGGAGUGUCGAAAAACCAAAUGAACAAAACAGGACAUCUAAUGAGAAGGAGGAGGCUCGCUCCAGCUCCAGAAGCUUAGAGAGAUCCAGCAGCAAUGUCGCCACUCCGAACCGAGGCAGAGGGAGAGGUAGAAAGAGUAUUAAAAUAGAAGAGCCAGAGGCCGAAGAGGAGGGACAGCACCCUGCAGUUGCAGCGAAAGGAAGAGGCAGAGGAAAGGGAAGAGGUGGAAAACAUGAUGUUAAAUUAGAGGCAACUUGUGAGCUAGAAAAGGACGACAUGGCUGCAAUGAAUGAAAGUGUUGUGAGCCGUACCAACAGCAGAGGGCGGAAGAGAGGUGCUGAUUCCUCCAUUCUGACAGAGGAAACGCCGCAGCCAACUCCAAAAACCCCUCGUCGCUCAACAGCAGGACAGGCGUACAAGGUCCUGUUUACAGGAGUGGUGGAUGAGGACGGGGAAAAGGUUUUAAUGCGCCUGGGUGGAUGCCUUGCAAAAGGAGUGGGUGAUAUGACCCACCUAGUAACUGACAAAGUUCGUCGCACUGUUAAGUUCUUGUGUGCUGUGGCCCGAGGAGUGCCCAUCGUCACCCCUGACUGGCUGAUUAAGUGUGGUAAAGCAGAGAGCUUUCUCUCUUCUAAUGGCUUCUUAGUAAAGGAUGUGGAGCAAGAGAGGAAGUUUAAUUUUACUCUGCAAGAGUCUCUGAGAGCAGCCAGCCGUCAGCCCCUAUUACAGGGUUAUGAGAUUCAUGUAACGCCUUCUGUAAAGCCUGAACCACUUCAGAUGAAGGAGAUCAUUACCUGCUGUGGGGCCCGCUACCUUCCCAAGAUGCCCUCUUCUCGCAAGGAUCAGGUGUUGGUGGUAUCAUCUGAGGAGGACAGGGUGCAGUGUCAAAAUGCUCGGAGGUUGUCUCUUCCAGUUGUCAGUGCUGAGUUUCUGUUGACUGGCAUUCUUCAGCAGAAAGUAGACUUGAACACACAUGCGCUCCCGCUUUCACCUACUACUUCAACCAAACCUGCUGCUCGAAGCCGUGGAAAGUAGCUUCAACAAAAAAAACAUCAUGAAGAUUUGUUCUGAGGUCUGAAGUCUAAUGAAAUGUUCCAGAGCAUUUCACAUCUUUAUUUAAAAAGCUGCUAUUGACUGUAAGAGGGUUGCCAAUCCUCAACGUGCCUUUGAACUUUCUGUCCAGGCAUUUUAAGCUACCAAGUGAAUAAACUUUUGUUAACUUUACAA